GCUUCCUCGCACUUGUAGAAUGCUGUUUAUACGCAAGUGUAGUCCUUCAUACACAGUAAAAGAAACUAUACAUUGUUCAUCAUGGCUACCGUCACAGAGACAGUGUCUUUGCCUGCCCAAGUACUUCUGAAGCUUAACAACACUAGCAACAGUGCUCCUGCCAAGGAGACAAUCGAACCUAAAGAUGACACGACCAUUAUCCCACCCCCCACUGAGUGGACCUACCUCUGCCAUCCCCGGUUGAAGGAGGUGCAGGACGAAGUCGAUGGAUAUUUCCUGGAGAAUUGGAAAUUCCCUAGCUUCAAGGCCGUGCGCACCUUCUUGGACGCCAAAUUCUCAGAAGUCACCUGCCUCUACUUUCCUCUUGCGCUGGACGAUCGCAUUCAUUUUGCUUGCCGACUAUUGACUGUUCUCUUUCUGAUUGACGAUGUUCUCGAGCACAUGUCUUUCGCGGAUGGAGAAGCCUACAAUAACAGACUGAUCCCGAUAUCACGUGGAGACGUCUUACCAGACCGAACCAAGCCCGAAGAGUUCAUUCUCUAUGACCUCUGGGAGAGCAUGCGCGCCCAUGACAAGGAGCUGGCUGAUGAAGUGCUCGAGCCAACCUUUGUGUUCAUGCGCGCACAGACAGAUCGCGCCCGCAUGACGAUUAGCGAAUUGGGUCAUUAUCUCGAUUACCGUGAGAAGGAUGUAGGAAAAGCGUUGCUUUCGGCGCUGAUGAGGUUCUCGAUGGGACUUCGACUCAAUGCAGAGGAGCUUCAGGGUAUGAAAGCCCUCGAAGGUAACUGCGCCAAGCAGCUUUCUGUAGUGAACGACAUAUACAGUUAUGACAAGGAAGAAGAGGCUUCUCACACUGGGCACAAGGAAGGCGCCUUUCUCUGCUCAGCUGUGAAGGUUCUGGCGGAGGAAACGAAACUCGGCAUACCCGCAACGAAGCGUGUACUUUGGUCUAUGACCCGUGAGUGGGAAGUUGUGCACGACAAGAUGGUGGCAGAGCAGAUGGCGGCACCCGGCGGCUGCUCUGACGCUGCUAAGGCGUAUAUGAAGGGUCUGGAAUACCAGAUGAGCGGCAAUGAGCAGUGGAGUAAGACUACGCGCCGGUACAACUAG